CUCAGCCAUGGGUCUCGGGAAGGAGGCACAGAAAAAGAUCAUUAUAGGAGUCUUGGCUGUAUCUGUUGUGACCAUCAUCCUGGGUCUUGGUUUGGGUCUCGGUCUCCAGUUGGAGAAAUGUCGCAACAAAGUCACCCUUCAAACAACCUGCAGGAAUCGAUGCUACCAACCAUUUGAUGAGACACCAGGAUGCAGAUGUGAUGCUCAGUGUGUGACCCACAACAACUGUUGCAAUGACUUCCAGGACAUCUGCCUCCAAGCCUACCAGCAGUGGGGGUGCACCAGGUUGCGUUGUGGAGAGACUCGAUUGCAGAAUAGUCGCUGUCAUUGUUCUGAUGACUGUCUGACAAAAGGAGACUGCUGCACAAACUACAAACAUGUCUGCCAUGGAGAGAAAGAAUGGGUGGAGGAUGAGUGUGAGGACCUGUCAACCCCUCAGUGUCCAGAAAGCUUCAAACAGCAGCCUCUUCUCCUGAUCUCUCUGGACGGACUGAGAGCCGAGUACCUGCGGACGUGGAAGUCUCUCAUCCCGGUCCUGGACAAACUCAGAAGGUGUGGGACCUCCGCUCCAUACAUGCAAGCAGCUUUCCCCAGCAAGACCUUCCCCAACCACUAUGCAAUAGCUACGGGUCUGUACCCGGAGUCUAAUGGUUUGGUUGAUAACACCAUGUAUGACCCGGUGUUUGAUGCCUCCUUCAGCCUGUCCAAUUCAGAGAAGGACAACCCACGCUGGUACAUGGGACAGCCGAUUUGGCACACGGCACAGUACCAGGGCCUGAAAACAGGAACCUUUUUUUGGCCCGGAUCAGAUGUCAAGAUCAAUGGAAGCUUCCCUGACAUCUUCAUCCCAUACGACGGUAAAGUCCCGUUUGAAGAGAGAGUUUUCACCGUACUGAAGUGGCUCCAACUUCCAGAUGACAAAAGGCCUGAUUUCUUCACUUUGUAUUUGGAGGAACCAGACAAAUCCGGUCACAAAUUCGGUCCGGUCAGUGGAGGGCUGAUUGAAGCCAUCGUGGGAGUGGAUCAGACCAUCCGUCAGUUGAUGAACGGCCUGAAGCAGAUUAAUCUUCAUCGCUGCCUCAACAUCCUCAUCGUUGCAGACCACGGCAUGGAGGAAACCAACUGUGACAGGAUGGAGGUUCUCCAGGACCUGGUGGGUGACGUCAGGAAGUACUGGGUGAACGAGGGUUCAUUUGGACGGAUCAGAGCCAAGAACAAGAACGAUGUCUUGGACUCGGCUGGGCUCGUAGCUAACAUGACCUGUAGGAAACCAGACCAGAAGAUCAAGCCAUACCUGAAGGCAAACCUACCAAAACGCCUCCAUUAUGCCAGCAGCCGACGCAUCGAAGAUGUCACCGUGUUGGUCACCCCAAAGUGGCUGUUUGAGAGAUAUCCAGGAUCGCUGCGGUUUUGCUCUGGAGGAGCUCACGGCUACGACAAUGAUGUUGAAAGCAUGCAUGCCAUGUUUGUCAGCUACGGUCCAAAGUUUCUGAAGCAAACAGAAACCGAGCCUUUCUCCAACACUGAGCUCUACAACCUCAUGUGUGAUGUGCUGGAGAUCUCUCCGGCAGAGAAUAACGGCACUCAUGGCAGCAUGAACCAUGUUCUGAGGAAACCUUUCUACCGCCCGGUCCACCCAGCUGAGCAGAGCCACCCGGACCAAUGUCCUCUGCUGUCGCUGCGGCCCACAGACCAGCUGGGAUGCUCCUGUCCUGCCCUGAGUGGCAAUGCCAUAAACAGCCGUCUGAAUCUUACAGCGAUUGAAGUGGCUGCCGUUGAGAAGAAACAUACCCCUUUUGGCCGCCCAAUAGUACUGCAGCCUGAUGAGCGCUACUGUGUCCUCCAUCACCAGGGCUUCAUCAGCGCCUACAGCCAGGGGUCCCACAUGCCCCUCUGGAGCUCCUUCACCAUCGACAAGCCGACAGAUCUGGAUCCGCUGCCGGCGGUGACUGCAGACUGUCUGAGAGCUGAUGUCAGAGUCCCCCCGACUCUCAGCCCCCGAUGUGACCACUACCCUCCCACCACCCACAACCUCACACUCGCCUUUCUCUACCCGCCAAAUCUGAACACAACUGCUGAGGAGCAGUUUGACGCCUUGCUGAUGAGUAACGUGGUACCGAUGUACCCUCAGUUUCAGAAGAUCUGGAAUUUCUUGCACAACACCCUUCUGAAGAAAUAUGCAGCUCUUUACAACUCCAUCUCUGUUGUGACCGGCCCAGCGUUUGACUACAACUUUGACGGGAAGUAUGACACAUUGGAUCAGAUCAAGCAGUUUGUCCCGGGUACCAAGAUUCCCAUCCCGACUCAUUACUAUGCAGUGCUGACUAGCUGCAGAGAUUCCUCCCAGCCGGCAAGCGAAUGUGUUGGUGAGCUGCAGACCGUCUCCUUCCUGCUGCCUCACCGAGCCGACAAUUCAGAGAGCUGCAAAAGCGAAGAGACUGAAGCCAAUUGGGUGGAAGACCACAUGUGGUUCCACCAGUCACGUGUCCGAGAUGUGGAAUGGCUCACAGGGUUGGACUUCUAUCAGGGAAGCGCUCUGCCAAUCCCAGAACUUCUAAGGAUGAAGACCCUCCCCACUGCUGCCAUUCACAGGAAAUAUGAAUGAGUCAACAUGAGGGGGUAGUAAGCAAAAAUGAUUAUACUUAUUUAUGAAAAAUUGGAGAAAGUCAUUUACCCAGUGUUUCUAUUUCAUUUCUCUACAAAAUGGAGUAUACAAGUCUGUUAAAGUGAUUAUGUUUUUAAAACCAACAAAUAGCAUGACCUAUCCUUUUAAAGAGUACCAUGGAGUGUUUUCAAUUUGUGUGCUACUAAUCGUUUUUUAAGUGUAAAUAUUUUUUUUUACAAAUGGCAGAGGUUUGGAACAAACCUUUUUAUUGUAAUAAAGAGAAAAGGUAGAUUGAUUAGCGAUGGCAAGGGCGUACAUAAUUAUUUAUGUAAAAAAAUAUUCUUAACCUACCUACAUAAAUAAAGAA